CAUCUUUGUUUUUUUUAACUUUACAAACCUUUAUAUUAUUCUUUUGAAUACCAAAAAGAAAGAUGGGGCUGAGCGAUGAACUGAGCAAGUUUAUUCCAAAAGAUUUUGGCAAAAAGAAAAAGCAACCAACCGGGGCAGCAUCAGCAGCGGCGAUACCAACAAAAGAAAGACAACCCAGCAUUAUCCGCCCCCACCGUGCAAUCCGCUCCCACUCGGACGGUGAUAUUGAUGGCGACCGUGACGCAUCCACAUCACUCCUGCUUCCACUCCGCCACCACAUUCAGCUCACCCCAAGCACCACAUCCAAGCACUCAGUCUCUACGCUCGCCUGGGACUCCACCGGAGACCUCCUCUACAGCGGUACGCACCAGGGCCAGCUGCACCUCUGGGACUUUGCCUCGAUGGACUCCACCCUGCAUCCCACCGGCACCGUACACCCCUAUGAGGAAGGCCAGCGGCAGCAGAUCCGCAUGGCACGGUUCAGCCGCCCAGGCACCCACCUUUUGGUGUGUUCCAGCGGAGAUGCAAGGGCCAAAUUACUGGACCGCGGCGGCCGGCAAGUGCGGGAGUUCAAGCGCGGCGAUAUGUACGUCCGGGAUAUGCGAAGAACCACCGGGCAUGUGGCGCCCGUGACCUGUGUGGAUUGGAACCCAAGAGAUUCGACAAAAUUCAUAUCGGCGGCUGCGGACUCCACCGUGCGCCUGUGGAACAGCGAAGUGGCAGCUGGCCAGGAGCAAGUUAUAGUGUGCCGGAGCAAAACCGGAAGCACCACCGCUGGUGGUCGAUUGGUGGUCAGUUCCUGCGUAUACUCUGUGGAUGGAGCCAUCCUAGGAACCGCGUUUAAUGGUACUUUGGCACUUUGGUCCGCAGGGGGUGGUUCGGCUACGAGGCCAUUGCAGCAGGUGGAUGCCGCGCAUAUGCCGGGUGACUCCACAGUGGUCAGGUUCUUGCCAGACUCCAGGCGUGUGUUGACGCGCAGUGGGAGCGACCAUAUGGUGAAACUCUGGGACACGCGGAUGCUCGUUAAGCCUCUGGCAUGUGCCCCGGGAAUGUAUGCGGCUGGCGAAGACUCCGAUAUGGCACUGAGCCCCAGUGCCCGACACCUGCUCGUCGGCCUAGGGUCGCCGCCCAGUAGUGCUGGCAGCAGCCAGGGAGCAGUGAAGGCGGAGAUGGAGGCGAAGUUGGCGGUGUUGGAUACAGGCACUUUGGAUCUUAUAAGGACGGUUUCGGUGCCAGACUCGGGCAGCAUUAUUAAUGUCCUGUGGCACCCGCGGCUCAACCAGAUUGCCGCCAGCUCCUCCACCGGAUCAACGCAUAUUUUCUACAACAACAUUGAUGAAUGUGGUGGGAUUAAGGGCGGAGCGACUUUGUGCGCGAAUAAACGGCCGUCGGCUAAUUCAUCUCGGCGCAAUAACGCCGAGGUAGCCGCUGGGCAGAUUAUCACACCGCAUGCUUUGCCCCUUUUCAGAGAAGAUGCGCCAGUGUCUGCGGCGGGAGCGAAGCGGCGGCGGGAGGCGCAGAGGGCGAAGCUGAAGCCUGGAGAACCGGUCUAUGGUCAUGGUCAUGGUGGCAGUAUUGGUGUGAAUGAGACCCAGCAUCUUAUGAAGUCAAUCAUGAAGGAUACUCUGAGGGACGAGGAUCCUAGGGAGGUUCUCUUGAGAUAUGCUGGGGUGGCGGAAGCGGAGCCAGUGUUUAUUGCAACUGCGUACAACAAGGAUACCCAGGGCGGCGAGCCGGGAUCAGACCAAAGCGACACUGGGGCUGUUCCUGAGAUGAAGCGUAGAAAGUAAAAAAAACGUAGAUAUAUAUAUAUAUAUAAUUUUUUGUGUG